AUGGAUUCCAGCUCCCAGUUCAACUCUGGGGCUAGUACACCCAAGCAAUUCUACCACAACAACGGCUCAACAUGUUCUACCAAUGUUUGCACCGAGAAAAACAUUGACGGGAACACUAAGAUCCCCAUGAGCGAAGGCGAGCCAGAUGUACUCAACGAAGAUGUAAUGCAACUAGCUCGCCAACUCACAAGAAAGUCGACUGCAGCACCAGGAACUCUGUUUCCUCAAGCAGAUGGACCAUUGAACCCAAGCAGUCCAACCUUUAACGCCAAGAAAUGGGCAAAGGCAUUCUACGAGCUGAGGAUCGAUACCUCUGAAGGCAACCCACCGCGGACGACUGGUGUUGCCUUUCGGAACUUGAACGUAUUCGGUUUUGGUUCAGAUACAGAUUUCCAGAAGAGCGUCGGCAAUGUCUUUCUUGAAGCUGGAACUAUGGUCAAGAAACUGCUUCACGAUAAGCAAAGACGAGUUGACAUCUUACAGAACCUUGAGGGUGUUGUGCACAGUGGUGAGAUGUUAGCUGUGCUUGGUCCUCCUGGUUCGGGCUGUUCAACCUUUCUCAAGACUAUCGCCGGAGACACGCAUGGCUUCCAUAUUGACAACAUCUCUGAGAUCAACUACUCUGGUAUUCGUCCCGAAGAAAUGCGAACAGCGUUCCGUGGCGAGGCGAUAUAUACAGCCGAAGUCGAUCAUCACUUUGCCCACCUUACAGUAGGCGAUACGCUUUACUUUGCCGCUCGUGCGCGUUGUCCAAAGAAUAUCCCCGAAGGCAUUAGUCGACAUGAAUAUGCGGAGCAUCUACGAGAUGUUACCAUGGCCAUGUUUGGUAUCUCUCAUACUAAGAAUACGCGUGUGGGAGAUGACUUUGUGAGAGGCGUUAGUGGAGGUGAGAGGAAGCGUGUGACAAUUGCGGAGGCAGCUUUGAGCUAUUCACCGCUUCAAUGCUGGGAUAAUAGCACAAGAGGUCUUGACAGUGCUAAUGCGUUGGAGUUUUGUCGCACUUUGAGGACGCAGGCUGAUGUGAUGGGCUGUACUUCUGCUGUUGCCAUUUACCAAGCGUCUCAGGAUGCCUACGAAGUCUUUGACAAAGUGCUCGUAUUGUACCAAGGAAGACAGAUCUUCUUUGGCAGGACAGGAGAGGCAAAGGCAUACUUUGAAGGACUUGGCUUCGUCUGCCCUGAACAACAAACCACAGCCGACUUUCUCACUUCCAUGACAAGCCACCAAGAACGAAUCAUCCGAGAAGGCUUCCAGGGGAAAUCCCCCAGAUCGCCAGACGAAUUUGCACAAGCCUGGAAAGACAGUAUCCAUCGCCAAACCCUACUGACCGAAAUGGACGACUAUCUUCAACGACAUCCCUUCGGCGGCGAGCACUACGAAAAGUUUGUCGAUUCCAGGAAGCGAGAUCAGUCCAAGUCUCAGCGUGUCAAGUCACCAUUUACUCUAUCGUACAUGGAGCAGAUGAGACUCACCCUUGGACGAAGCUGGGUCAUGCUCAAAGCUGAUCCUAGCGUAACGGUCACUCUUUUGCUGUGCAAUCUGGUCGAGUCUCUUGUCAUUGGAAGUAUCUUUUACAACCUGCCUGAAAACACGGACGCGCUCAAUAAGCGUGGCUUGUUAAUCUUCUUUAUCCUUUUGAUGAAUGCAUACAACAAUAUCCUGGAGAUCAUGACGCUCUACGCUAAGCGCAACAUUGUCGAGAAACACGCCCGUUAUGCCCUGUAUCAUCCGAGCGCGGAGGCUCUUUCAUCGAUGGUGGUUGAUCUGCCUUACAAGAUCUUCAAUACCAUCAUGAUGAACACUACGAUGUACUUUAUGGGCAACCUGCGUCGAGAUCCUGGACACUUCUUCUUCUUCCUUUUGGUAUCCUUUGUUACGACCUUGAAUUUCUCUAUGCUUUUUCGACUCAUCGCAUCCCUCACCAAGACCAUCGCCGCGGCAUUGGCCCGAGCCUCCAUCAUGCUCCUUGUCAUCGCUCUUUAUACCGGCUAUGCCAUUCCACCGCAGUACAUGCCAGUUUGGAUCGGCUGGCUACGCUGGAUCAACCCUACCUACUAUGGUCUCGAAAGUCUCUUCAUCAACGAGUUUGGAGGAAGAAACUACCCUUGCUCCAACUUUGUACCCAGCGGUCCCGAAUAUUCUGACAUUUCGCGAUUCUCACAAGCAUGUGCCAUCCAAGGUUCCGUCCCAGGAGAGGACUUUGUUCGAGGGUCUGCCUACCUUUCUACAACGUACGGUUACCUCGACUCACACAAGUGGCGCAACUUUGCAGUUGUCAUUGCUUUCUCGAUUCUGUUUAUGGGUCUGCACUUGAUCGCUACCGAGACCAUUGCCUCUGAGCGUUCCAAGGGUGAAGUCCUCGUAUUUACGCGCAAGGAGAUGAAGAAGCACGCUGGAAAGCGUUCGAGUGACGAGGAAGCAGGCAGUGUUGGUGGUACCCAGAUUGCAAACAGUAUUAAGGCCAUUGAAGAGGUCACAGAUGUGGAGGAGCAGACUUCUGUGUUUCACUGGAAGAAUGUUUGCUAUGAUAUCAAGAUUAAGGGAGAGACGCGUCGUAUCUUGGACCAUGUUGAUGGUUGGGUAAAGCCGGGAACUCUAACUGCACUAAUGGGAUCUUCAGGCGCCGGCAAGACGACUUUGUUGGAUGUCCUCGCAAGUCGAGUCACUAUGGGCGUCGUAACAGGCGAGAUGCUUGUUGACGGAAAACUACGCGAUGAAUCCUUCCAACGAAAAACAGGCUACGUUCAACAGCAAGACUUGCAUGUCCACACCCAAACAGUCCGCGAAGCCCUCAACUUUAGCGCCCUUCUUCGACAGCCAGCCAAAUACACUCGCCAGGAGAAGCUCGACUAUGUGGACACUGUGAUUAGUCUUUUUGAUAUGGAAGAAUAUUCUGACGCUAUUAUCGGCGUGCCAGGCGAGGGUCUCAACGUGGAACAAAGAAAACGCCUAACGAUCGGCGUCGAAUUAGCUGCGCGACCACAAUUGUUAUUAUUCUUGGAUGAGCCUACAUCUGGACUGGAUAGUCAGACGUCUUGGUCUAUCUGCAACUUGAUGCAGAAGCUCACCAAUAAUGGACAGGCGAUUCUUUGCACCAUUCAUCAGCCUUCGGCCAUGCUAUUCCAGCGCUUCGAUCGUCUCCUGUUGCUGUCUCGUGGAAAGACCAUCUACUUCGGUGACAUUGGCAAAAACUCCAAGAUUUUGGUGGACUAUUUCGCUCGCAACGGCGGACCCAAGUGUCCAGCAGGAGUCAACCCGGCCGAGUACAUGCUUGAGGUUAUUGGUGCUGCCCCUGGCGCUCACACGGAGAUUGAUUGGCCUGAGGUUUGGAACAGUUCCCAAGAGCAUGAGCUUGUUCAACAGGAGCUCGAGAGACUAGCUGGGCAAGAAAACUUUGGCACUGAGCAGAAAGACGGAACGGAGUACAAUGAGUUUGCUGCUACGUCUUAUGCGCAGUACUCGCUGGUAACCAAGCGGUUGUUUCAGCAGUACUGGAGAAGUCCUGGAUAUAUCUACUCUAAGGUCAUCCUGUCUGCCGGUGCAUCGCUCUUUAUCGGACUUUCGUUUUUGAAUGGACAGAAUACCGAAAGAGGUCUUCAGAAUCAGAUGUUUGGCGUUCUCAUCUUCCUCACUAUCUUCACCCAAGUCGCCCAGCAGAUGCUCCCUGAUUACGUCGCUCAACGCACAAUGUACGAAGCUCGAGAACGCCCAUCAAAGACGUAUUCUUGGAAGGCCUUUAUGGUAUCUACUAUCUUGGUUGAAGCAGCAUGGAACUCGAUCAUGGCUGUGCUUUCAUUCAUCUGCUGGUAUUUCCCAACUGGACUAUAUCGCAAUGGCUACGUGACUGACGCAGCGGACUCUCGCAACGCGACUGUUUUUCUCUUUGUGUGGAUGUUUUUCAUGUUCACUAGCACCUUUGCACACAUGAUCAUUGCGGGCUUUGAGACUGCCGAAGUUGCGGGUGGACUUGUCACUUUGAUCAUGAUUAUGAUGUUUUCUUUCUGCGGUAUCCUUGCAACACCAGAAGAACUUCCUGGCUUCUGGAUCUUCAUGUACCGCGCUUCACCCUUCACCUACGUCGUCGAAGGUCUCAUGGGUACAUCAAUGGCCAAUGCAGAUGCAGGCUGCGAGCCCAACGAACUCAUCAACUUUAACGCACCCAAUGGUACAACGUGCGACGAUUACAUGAAGACCUACUUGUCUGAAGUUGGCGGAUACAUUGUUAGCGGUGCUGCGAGUGAGUGCCAGUACUGCACAAUCUCGGGCACGAACCGAUUCCUUGAGAGUAAGAGCAUGAGCUACGAUAAUCGCUGGAGAGACUUUGGACUUUUGUGGGUUUAUUGUGUGUUUAACAUUGCGGCGGCGUUUGGUAUCUACUGGAUGGUGAGGGUGCCCAAGAGUAAGAAGGGGAAAAAGGAUUAA